AUGGCAAAGUUGGCUAUCCACCAAGUCACAAGGUGUUUCAAGCAAGUUACAUCAAGAUACAACGAAAGAUAUGAUGUGGCCCUCAAUAUCAACACGUUUGGAGCAAAACAUGUUUCUAACUUUGUCAUGAAGUCCAUUAACAUGAAGGUGUUUCUCCAUAUAUCUACAGCUUAUGUCUCCAGUGAAAACCAUGGGCUUAUAUUGGAAAAGCAAUUUAAAUUCGGUGACUCCAUCAAUGGGAAAACUAAAGUGGACAUUAACAAAGAGAAAGAACUGAUGGAGGAUAAUUUGAAGCAACUGACGACUAUAAAAGCUACGAAUAAAGAGAUUGCAUCUUUCAUGAAGGAUUUGGGUAUCCAGAGGGCUAAGCAUCAUGGAUGGCCAAAUACAUAUGUAUUUACAAAAGCAAUGGGGGAGAUGUUGCUUGGAGAGUUGAGGAAUGAUGUGCCCUUAGUCAUACUACGCCCUUCCGUCGUCAGCAGCACCUAUAAAGAACCCUUUCCCGGAUGGAUCGAAAAUCUCAGAACCAUUGAUACUGUAUUUGCUGGUUACAUAAAAGGAACGGCUACAUGCUUGCGAGGAGAUCCAGAUUGUAUAAUGGAUAUAGUCAGUUUCCCCACUUGA